AUGGAACCAAGCAGCAAGGUUCUUGGUAGGGGUGCCGGUUCUAGCACUUCUGGUCUACCUCAAGACCAAAUACCAACAGUACAAAAGCAGAGUCCGGUCUCUGCGGUGAAGCCGCUACAAGAAGGGGAUGUUAAUGUCCAUCAAACUGACGGCUCAGCAUCAAGUGAGGAAGAAGAACCAAGAGAGGAAACUCCACAAGGAGCGGAGAAGCCAGAAGACCUUCUGAUGAGAGAGCUGAUGCAACAACAACAACACCAAGAAGAUUCAAUGAUAGGUGAGUAUGAACAGAUUGAGGCAUCUCACAAUUAUAAUAACAUGGAAGUAGAGGAAGAAGAGAUAGAUGAAGAACUAGACGAGGAUGAGAAAUCAGCGGCUUAUGAGAUUGCAUUUCAGACGAGCUCUGAAAAAAGAGGAGGUAAUGGUCAUACAGAGUCACCUUUCUUGACAAUGGUUCAGUAA